CGUGUGGGGAGGGGCGCCGGCACUGCCCCGCAACGGGAGCCCCCGCAACGCCCCACACCGGGCAAGGGAGACACUGGGUGCCCCUCCAGCAGCGGAGAGCUGUGACCCCCCAGCUCUCCCGUCUCUGGCCCGGCCACCCCGAGGCUUCCCAGCUGUCAGCACCGCGCAGACUUCCUUCCUAGGAGAGGCUCGGCGCGGCUGGCCCUUGGUCUCUGCUCUGUGGCCCUAGGCAAGUCCGGAAGGGCGGACAGCGAGUGUGGCCACUGCCCGGCGGGCUGGGGCGCGUCCAUUCGCCCAGGGCGGGGGGCCGGACGAGCCCAGGUGAUGGCCGGACAAGGCCAGACGGGGCCGGACCAAGCCGGGAACGGCCGGACAAAGCCAGACGGGCCCGGACAGGGCCGGCGAGGCUCGGGAGAGCCCAGGCGCACUCACCGCGGCCGCCCCCGCCCGCUGCGCGACCCUCCGCUCCGGCCGCCGCGCUCGCGUCUCUACGGCGGAGCCCGCCAGGCCCGACACCACGAUCCCCGGAGCAUCGAUGGCCGUGGAAGGCCGAGUGCCUGGGCCGUCCGCGCCGGCCUCUCGUGCGCCUGCGCCUCGGGCCCUGAAGGCCUGCAGGCUCUUCUUUGUGCGCCUGCGCGAGCUCGGGCUCCCUGCGAGCGGCGCCCCUGGCGGCCAGGAGGAACGGUGGCCGCGGGCCGUGUGCGGGGGGAGGUUAUGGGCCGAGGGUUCGAGACCCGCCUCUGGCGCUCGCGGCGGUCCGACCCUGAGGAAGAGGUUUCACGAACCCCGUGAUGUUAACCGUGGGGAUGAGACCAGCUGGUGGCGGUUUAAGGGAGAUGGACGUGCAAAGGGGUGCCGGGGGACAUGGACAAACAGCUGGAGGCCAACUUGGACUUUGUACGCAGCACACGGUGCCAGGGACCUGCCGGGAGGAGCAGGGCGGGCCGGGCCUGUGCGGAGGCUGCGGACGCGGGGAGGGACGUGGGCGUCCUGGGCUGGGCUCCUGGCGGCUCUGGACAGUGGACUCCGACCCAGGACCCAGCGCUCAGCCUCCCCCAGUCCUGUCACUGUCGCCGCCAUGCCGCCCUCGCGGACCGUGCUCCUCGUGGCUCUGCUCCUGGCGGCCGGCUCCCUGGGCCAGGGGCCUCGGCGCCCACCCCGGCGCCCCGCCCCCGUCGGCAGCCUGCAGCCCCAGGCGGGCUUCGACGCGCGGCAGUUCGCAGGGACCUGGCUCCUGGUGGCCGUGGGCUCCGCCUGCCGCGUCCUGCGAGAGCAAGGCCACCGGGCUGAGGCCACCGCCCUGCACGUGGCUCCCCAGGGCACAGCCAUGGCCGUGAGCACCUUCCGAAAGCUGGAUGGGAUCUGCUGGCAGGUGCGCCAGCUCUACAGAGACACGGGGGUCCCCGGCCGCUUCCUGCUCCAAGCCAGAGGCGCCCGCGGGGCCGUGCACGUGGUCGUCGCUGAGACCGACUACCAAGGUUUCGCCAUCCUGUACCUGGAGCGGGCCGGGCGGCUGUCGGUGAAGCUGUACGCCCGCUCCCUCCCUGUGAGCGACUCCAUCCUGAGUGGGUUUGAGCGGCGGGUCCAGGAGGCCAACCUGACCGAGGACCAGGUCUUAUUCUUCCCCAAGUACGCCCUGUCCCUGCCUGGGCCCCCAGGCUUCUGCGAGGCUGCGGACCAGUUCCACAUCCUGGACGGUGAGUGGGCAGCAGGGCCGGGCCAGCCGAGCCAGGGCCACGUGCUGUGUGCUGAGCCCCUCUCUGCCGCAGAGGUGAGGAGGUGAGGCCCGUGCCCACGAGAAGACCCUGCCGGAGGAGACCCCGCUGGAGGAGGCGCCUGCAGCCCCUCCUCACAGAGCCCCGGGCACCACCAAGAGGUCACGGCCACGGGUCAGAGCCUACCCCACCACGGGGUCUCCUGUCGUCUGUCCUGGGAGGCUGUCCCUGCACCCCAAGCUCAGUGGUGUGGGGGGAAUGCGUUCUCAUUAAACAUCUCAGACGGGG